AUGCUUGCGAUGCGCAACAAUAACCUCAAAAUUAGACCUCCAAGCCAAAUCCCUCAACACGAGGCAGCCGCCACGUCUAUCAAACUAGCAAAACUACUAACAUCACCAUCAACAUCUCCACUGGAACCUUUGAGUCAAAGCCUGAACUCUACAACGCAGAACCAAGGAGCCAAGGCCCCCGCCAAGAAACCGAUCACCAUGCAAACCGGCCGCGGCCAAGUAGGCAUUAUCGAAAAGAUAUCCCUUGCACAGAAUCUCGGCAUCUCGGCGUUCUCCCCCUUCCACUCCCGUCCACCCCACGAUUGA